AUGAGGAAUCCUCUUUUCGACUCUGACUCUCACCCCGACUUUUAUGUCGAUACUCCUUUCACGGAUGAGAUCACCUUGAUCGAGAUGCCCAUGAAGUUCUCCUUCCCCAGCAUAAAGGCGUAUGACGGCACCACUGACCCGGACGACCACGUCGCCCAAUAUAGACAAAGGAUUCUCGCCAUAGCACUCCCAAAGAGGUCGCGUGAAGCUACCAUGUGCAAAGGGUUCGGCUCCGCUUUGACCGAACCCGCUCUGCAAUGGUAUAUCAACCUACCCUCCAGGUCCAUAGCUUCCUUCGCGGUUCUGAGCGACAAAUUCGUCGAGCAAUUCGCCAGCAGUAGGGACCUGGAAAAGAUCUCCGACAGCCUCUAUGAAAUCCUCCAGCAUCGAGCAGAACCCCUGCGAGGCUACAUAGCGCGCUUCAACCAAGAGAAGGUGGCUAUCUCCGAAUGUAGUAUUCCCACUGCUAUCUCUUCCUUCAAGAGAGGCAUGCUCCCCGACGGGGACCUCUAUAAGGAGCUAACCAAAUACCAGUGCAAAACCAUGGAAGACGUCAUAUCUCGAGCCUGGGCGCAGGUAAAAUGGGAGGAAGAUGUCGCCAGCCGCGCCAAGGAGCAACAGAAGCAAGAUCCCAAGACGAUCAGACCAAACCGAACCGAGCGAGAAACCCUCUCAAAGACAAGCCAGGGGCUCCGGAAAUCGAAACCGGGGCAGAUACCAGAAUCGGCCGAUCAAGAAGGCAGAAGGGAUGGCAGUAUGGGCCAACAGGUCAAGUGGCCUCAGAAGAUGAAAGCACCCGUCUCUUUCCGGAACCCUGGUUUCUGGUGUGACUUCCACCGCGACCACAGUCACGAAACGGAGGACUACGUCGCACUAAAGAUCGAGGUCAACAAGCUGCUUAAGAAACGACAUCUCAGGGAGUUCCUUUCUGAGAAGGCCAAGAGCCAUCUAAGCAAGGAGACAACGGGUAAGCCCACUGAAGCUGCUCCCGUCUCGCCACCGAGACAGGACCAAAUUAUCCAUGUCAUAUCGGGCGGUUCGGAAAUCAGCGGCAUAAGCCAUGCAGCCGCGAAGAAAAGAACCAGAAACGCCAAGCACGGCCUAGAAGCAGCCAAGCCAAAAUGCAUGCUCCUAGGAAUAGACGAAAUAAGCUUCACGGCCAAGGAGCAGGAGAAUGUUCUCACCCCGCAUCACGACGCCCUGGUCAUAUCUCUCACUAUAGCGAACUGCCUGGUAAAAAAGAGACUGGUAGAUAAUGGAAGCUCCGACAACAUCAUCUUCCAGGCCGCAUACAAGGACCUUGGGCUGGAGGAAAGCGCUCUAACUCGAAGGAUAACCCCCCUUAUAGGGUUCAGCGGGGAAGUCCAACAAACCGUCGGGGAGUCAACAUGUCAACCAAGUUCCUCGUUGUUGGCUGCGACUCAUCUUACAACAUGA